UUCAGUUAAGAAUUAGAAGCAUCAGGCAGUACAAGGACAACUGCACAGUACAACCAUGUCGAGAUCCUUCUACGUUGAUUCUUUGAUAAUCAAAGACACGGCAAGACCCACGCCUUUGAACGUACAUCCUGGACAGGAUUUUCUAAUUCCUAUCAGCAUGCAUUCUCCUAGCAUAAUGUCCUUAUCUGCUCCAACGUGCCCUUCCAUGAAAAGUGGCACUUUCUGCGUCUGUACUCUCUGUGUCACCUCUCACAUCCACUCGCCAAGGAACAGCAUCCCAAUGCUGAAGAGCCCGUUUCCAAACGGGGACUCCCAGUACUGUCAAAGAAUGAGCCAUCAGAGUCCCGCGCUGGGGCACCCAGGACAUGCAUCUGUCUGCACUCCUACUUACAACGUCACAGAUCCGAGGAGGUACCACUGCCUGUCAUUAGGUUCAUCAGAAAAUAGCCACAUCCAGAACGGCAAGAGAAUGAGAACGGCUUUCACAAGCACGCAGCUUUUGGAGUUAGAGAGGGAGUUCUCUUCCAACAUGUACCUAUCCCGCCUGAGAAGAAUUGAGAUCGCCAACUAUUUAAACCUUUCUGAGAAACAGGUAAAGAUCUGGUUUCAGAACCGCAGAGUAAAACACAAGAAAGAGGGCAAAGGAACACAGAGGAAUUCGCACAACGGAUGCAAGUGCGCCAGUAAUCACGGGCAUUACUCUAGGUCUGAAGACGAGGAGUCUUUAUCACCAGCAUCAGCUACCGAUGAAAAAGAGACAUCACCUAUUUAAAUGGAUUACGUCAGUGCGAAACGUGUGACCUACACCUUACCACCGAUUUCCUGCACUUAUCCUCUCUACAUUUUGGAACUUACAGCCACAAAACAUUUGUUCCAAAAGAUUGAGAAUAAAACGCUUGUGGCCAUUUGUACUGAAUUAAUUUUAUUCAGUAUGUUUUCUAAUCUGUAUCUUUUGACAUAUCUUAUGGAAUGUAAAAUAUGUAUUGCUGAAAGAGUAUUAAAGAUGUAACAGUGUAAACAAGCCCCCCCCCCCCCCCCGUUCGUGUAAGUAAUUGGAUGAAAACAUUUGUCUUAUAGAUGUCCUUUUAUGUUAUAGCAACUUAAAUCUGUAGGUCUUUAAACACAUAUGUUUUGUAAAAGUGUAAAUUGUGAAUUGUUUCUCGUUCAUUUGUAUGUGAAUAGUUUUAUAUAAAAUGUAUAUU